CUUUAGAUUUCAUUGACGAAUCAAUUUUCGUUAGUUUAACAAGAAAUGGCAGACUUGGACGAUUUCUUUGCAAAGCGUGAUAAAAAGAAAAAGACUAAAAAAUUCUUAUCAAGUGAAGAGCUGGUGAAACAACUGGAACAGCCGAAGGAACCAGUAAAGACAAAACCUUCCCAAAUCGAAGAAGAGACAGAACAACAGAUAACAAAUGAAGAGAACGACGAUGAAUGGAUUAAUCCAGAACCUGAGAAACGACCAGAUUAUUCUAACCUGAAAUUAGGACAACUCACAAUUAAUGAAGAUGAUGAACAAGGCUCGUCUGGCAAUUUCUUUGAGAAUGAAAGCUCUCAAAAUGAUGGAGAUUCAUCAGAGAAUCCAUGGAAGUCAUCUGGAUCAUCAGGACCUCCACCUCCUCAAGAAAGCUCAACAAAACCCAAAGUUGUUCCUCCAAGUAAUACCGGAAUUUAUAUACCGUCGUUUUUACGUGCAGAGAAUGCCCAGAAACUUCGUAGCAAAAAGAACGCUCCCGACUUAUCAGCUGAAAACUUCCCAUCCUUAGGAACGGAAAAACCAGUUAAACUCGACAGCAUUAAUAAGAAAGAUGGCUUUGAAGCAGUCAAACAUGGUGGAAAAUUACAAGCAGCAAGUUCAGGAAAUGCGCCGGUUACUACAGAAAACUCUUUUUCAUCGCUGGUCAGUGACUCUUUAGAUAGUUAAGAAAGGUAACGAUUUUAAUGAGACUGCGAGUUUCGCACUAAGCAAGCCAACAAUUCUUUGAAUAGUCUCAGAAAUAAAGUUAUUUUAUGUCAUCAUAUAUGCGGGAGAACUCAUACAAGGUUUUCUAUUAAAUCCAAUAAUUCGAAGAGAGCAAGACACAAAAUGUCUGACUUUGCUUUUUUUUUUAUUUCGAUACAAAAUAUUUGUUAAAUAGUUAAAGGUCCUCUUGAAAUUAUUGUUUGUUUUUUGGCAUAGAGAAAGCCUUUUUCCACUUCUACAUUAAAUUAAUCAAGGCAAAAAUUGAAUAAAGUUAUUUUUCCACUCAAUGGGAUUGAACAAGAAGAGAAUAAA